GGCAAGAGAGAGUCAUUCGUUUGGGAUUGUGGGAGGGAAAGAGAGAGAGAGAGAGAGAGAAGAGGAGGAGGAGGAGGAAAAGGGGGAGGCCAGAAGGAAGAGAAGCUGUGCCGGGCGUGUAGUUUGGUAUCCUCCUUCCCUGCCUUUCUCGCUCUCUUCUCGUCUCCCCCCUCCUCCUUGCUGCCUUCCUUCCUUCCUCCCUUCUUCCCUCCGAUCGGCGAUGCUACAAAGCCCGUGAGCUGUGCUUUCCCAUUCGCCUCCCGUCCCUUCCUCUUUCCUCCCUUGCUUCCUUCCUGGACGCCCUCUGGACCAGCCCGCUGACUUUCCACCCGACCACUUUGGCCUCCUCCUCCUCCUCCUGCGCUGAGCCAGGCAGACACGCGGCCGAGGCGAGUGGGCUCCGGGCUCCUCAUUGGACUGGGGCGCGAGGUUGCGUGUCUCUCUCUCUCUCUCUCCCGCGCGCGCGUGUGUGGCUCGCCUUGAACCAGGUGGCGAACAUCUUCGGAGGCUGGAAGAACUGAAGGCUGCCUUCCCCCUCCCCUCCCCACCUUCUUCUUCUUCUUCUUCUUCUUCUUCUUCUUCUUCUUCUCCUCCUUCUUCCUAUUCCUUCCCAGUCUCUCUUCGGUGUCUCUUUCCCCCCUCUUGUUUCCAAGAAGGGGAGAAACCCAUCUCAAGGACUAGCCUCAUCAUCCAAACCUUUGCAAUCAGGAACGGAUGCCGGGGUCUGUGAAUUGAGUUGUGGAAGUGCUGAAGAAAAAAGAUUGGUUUGAGGAAAGAGGAAAGAGGAAAGAGGAAGGAAAGAGAAGAAGAAAAUACACAAGUGCAGGAACGAACGAGAGAAGAAAAACGGGGACUAUGGGGAGAAAAAAGAUUCAGAUCACGAGGAUUAUGGAUGAACGUAACAGGCAGGUGACAUUUACGAAGAGGAAAUUUGGGUUAAUGAAGAAGGCUUAUGAGUUGAGUGUUCUGUGUGACUGUGAGAUUGCUCUAAUAAUCUUCAAUAGCACCAACAAACUGUUCCAGUAUGCCAGCACUGAUAUGGACAAGGUGUUGCUGAAGUAUACAGAGUACAAUGAGCCACACGAGAGUCGAACGAAUUCAGAUAUUGUUGAGACGUUGAGAAAGAAAGGACUUAAUGGCUGUGACAGUCCAGACCCUGAUGCAGACGAUUCAGUAGGUCACAGCCCUGAGUCUGAGGACAAGUACAGGAAAAUUAAUGAAGAUAUUGAUCUAAUGAUCAGCAGACAAAGAUUAUGUGCUGUUCCACCACCUAACUUUGAGAUGCCAGUUUCUAUACCAGUGUCCAAUCACAACAGCUUGGUAUACAGCAACCCAGUAAGCUCACUGGGUAACCCCAACCUUUUGCCUCUGGCCCAUCCUUCCAUACAACGGAAUAGCAUGUCUCCUGGUGUGACACACCGGCCACCGAGUGCUGGUAACGCAGGUGGCCUGAUGGGUGGGGACCUCACAACCGGUGCAGGCACCAGUGCAGGGAAUGGGUAUGGAAACCCCAGAAACUCACCAGGUUUGCUGGUCUCACCUGGCAAUAUGAACAAGAAUAUGCAAGCAAAAUCUCCUCCUCCUAUGAAUUUGGGAAUGAACAACCGUAAACCAGAUCUCCGAGUGCUGAUUCCACCAGGCAGCAAGAACACAAUGCCAUCUGUGUCUGAGGAUGUCGAUCUACUUUUGAAUCAGAGGAUAAAUAACUCUCAGUCUGCUCAGUCAUUGGCUACCCCAGUGGUUUCCGUGGCAACUCCGACUUUGCCAGGGCAAGGGAUGGGAGGAUACCCAUCAGCCAUUUCGACAACAUAUGGUACCGAAUACUCGCUAAGUAGCGCAGAUCUGUCAUCGCUCUCUGGGUUUAACACAGCCAGUGCUCUCCACCUGGGCUCAGUAACUGGCUGGCAGCAACAACAUCUACAUAACAUGCCACCAUCUGCCCUCAGUCAGUUGGGAGCUUGCACUAGCACUCAUUUAUCUCAGAAUACAAAUCUCUCCCUGCCUUCUACUCAAAGCCUCAACAUCAAGUCAGAACCUGUUUCUCCUCCUAGAGACCGUACCACCACUCCCUCGAGAUACCCACAGCACACGCGCCACGAGGCGGGAAGAUCCCCUGUUGACAGCUUGAGCAGCUGUAGUAGUUCCUACGAUGGGAGCGACAGAGAGGAUCACCGGAACGACUUCCACUCCCCCAUUGGACUCACCAGACCCUCGCCGGACGAACGGGAAAGUCCCUCUGUGAAGCGCAUGCGGCUCUCUGAAGGAUGGGCGACAUGAUAACAUUAUUAGCUUAUUAGAGGUUUUUUUCCUUGCAGUGUGUGUGCGUGUGUGUGUGUUAUACCAUAACGGGGAAUAGGGAGGGGGGGAAGGGUCAAUAUGCAUUCUAUGUGCUGUGUGUGUGGGGAAAAAAGUCAGGUACUCCGUUUUGUAAAAGUACUUUUAAAUUGCCUCAGUGAUACCAUAUUAAAGAUAAACAGCAGUGGCUGAGAUAAGCUUCGCACUUGAGUUGUACAACAGAACACUUGUACAAAAAUAGGUUUUAAGGUUAAACUUCUUUUCACUGUUGUGCUCUUUUGCGAAAUGUAUGUUACAAUAGGUAGUGUCAUGUUGCAGGUUCAACGUUAUUUACAUGUAAAUAGACAAAAAAAAUAAUAAAAUAAAAUAAAAGGAAACAUUUGCCCCAUGCGGCAGAUCUUUACUGAGAGAGAAAGCAGCUGUUAUGCAACAUAUAGAAAAAUGUACAGACAUUUUUGGGAGACCCAGAAAUUGAGUGACCAAGAAGGAGGAGGAAAAGAAUAAAAGAAUCUAGGUCACCUAUUGCACCUGAAAUUCUCGUAAAUGUGUUGGCAUAUCGUUGGAGUAUGGCACUCAGUUAAAUGGCACCAAAACAUUUAAAAGAGAACCAUACUUGUAAAAAAAAAGUUUUAAGGUAAACCUAUUUAAUUUUUUAAAAAAUUCUGGGUCUGCAUCACUUAUUAAAUAAAAGUAUAAAAAUAUGUAAAUUACAUUUUUCCUUAUUUUCAUAUCAAAAAGUAAGACAGAGUUUGCAAAGCAGUGUGGCUUUUUGUAGUCUACUUAAGCCAAAAUGUGGAUUUUUUCCCCUUUAUAAGCUUCGCCAAUAUUUUAAACAGCCCUGAAAGAAACAAAGGGGACUUUUUUUGUAUAGAAAGCACUACCCUAAGCCAUGAAGAACUCCAUGCUUUGCUAACAAGAUAACUGUUUUCUCUUUGCAGAAGUUUUGUUUUUGAAAUGUGUAUUUCUAAUUAUAUAAAAUAUUAAGAAUCUUUUAAAAAAUCUGUGAAAUUAACAUGCUUGUGUAUAGCUUUCUAAUAUAUAUAAUAAUUAUGGUAAUAGCAGAAGUUUUUGUUAUCUUAAUAGUGGGGGAAUUAUAUUUGUGCAGUUGCACAUUUAAGUAACUAUUUUUCCUUUUGUUUUCUUCUUCUAAUCUACAUUUUACAGAAUCAAUCAGCUGUUGAAGGCUAAUCUGCAAAAGAUUAGAAUUUUCCCUUCCCAUAGCAGCCCACAUAAUCCUAACAUAUUUGCAAUCAAUUUUGAGAUACAUUAUAGAUACUGAUCACCUCCAUUAUAAGCAGUUUGCCCAUUUGACUAUAUCUAAGGCCCUUUUCUUACAUAAUUGAUGUCUUGCGUAUCUUGUGGUUUUUUGCCAUUUAGAUCACAACUUAACUCAGCUUGUUCUUCCAUCUAUCAAUGUAACAAAAGUGGCAUCUUUCUCUGAUUUUUUAAGAUAAAUUGGAAAAAUCCCACAUUCCCCAAAAUAUGGAUGUGUAUGGGAUCAUCCUUGAAGGUGAAAAUCUAGUGAGAAGGUUCCACAAAAUAGAAAUCCCCAAACCAAAACGCUUCUACCCCAAAACUAUUCAUUAUUUCAGAUGUGAAGGUGAGCUAGUUCUGAAUAGAGGCCAUAGUUGAUAAUUCAGACAAAGUAAUAGGGACAAGAAUUGCAUGUAGUGUCAAAACUAUGUGUUCUAAAGCUCAGGGUGACUGUAAAUUUUGGGUUCCUUAUGUCUGAGAGCUGAUUCACGCUUGCAUGUAGAUCACUUCCAGCACAAUCACAUACAUGUUUAUUCAGAGGUAAGUCUCAUUGAGUUCAGUGAGACUUAUUCUCAGGUAAGUGGGCACAGGAUUCCAGUUUGGGUCACUCACCAGUUUGCUGCUGAAGCACACAGAGCUGAAUAGAGCAAACCUUUCCACUGAAAAAUACUGGGUUUGACUUGAGACCUUUACGUAGUCAGAUGCUAUUUUCAAAAUGUGGUGAAUUACAGUCCUACUACUCCACAUUCCACUAAAGGAGAGUAUAAUUGUGCCACUUCGUAGCAUCUAGUUACAAAGGAUGUCUGUGUGUUGCAAUUGGUUUCUGACAGUUUCUCCAUGAGAUCAUUAAUAUCUUCAUGGAUCUCAGGGUUUUAUGGAUAACUGCUGCAACAAAGUAAACCCACAGAUUGCAGAUAACCAUUAGACAACAACUAUUCUGUACUACUUUUGAAUCUAUAUUUUUCCACACAUAGGGAAAAACAUCAACGUAAAUAAGGUAGAUAAGAAAAAUGACCCACAAGGAUUAGAUUAAACAACUGCUCUCCAUGCACUGUCACUCCAUUUCCAAUGGCUGCCUAUUAAGUCAGUUUUCUACAAAAAUAUCUCUACUCAGUUCAGUACAUAUUCUACCACAGAAUGUGUUUAGUAAUUAUAGAACAGCACUGCAUCAAAAGCUGUUUGUUUCAAAGACCUCUUUCCCCUCUUGACUUAUUAUUACUGAAUUUUGAAGGCAAAGGUCCCUAAGAAGGGUGGUGAGAUGCCCUUUUCCUGCUUGCAGCUGUGUGGACAUGGUCUAUGCUUUCUCAGCACAGAGUGAGAGGCACUCCUGUCUCAAUAACAACCUUGAGCACUUGAAACCAGAAAUCGCACAUUGAGAAGACAUCUUAGGCCCCAGUCCUGCUGACCUGAGUAUCCUGUGAAGGUCUGGAAGUGAUGCAAUACAUUUUAUUGCUUAGGAAGGAGGAAGGGUCAGAAAUAUGACGUGAUAUUUGAGUAAUUUUGAAUGUUUCAGUGAAAUCAGCCAACAGCUCUUGUAGAUGCUGUUCCCAACAUUGCUCUACCUUCCAUUGCCAGUGAAUAGAAUAGAGAAUAGUUGAGAGGUUUGAGGAAAAACUUGGAAAUGAUACCUGUUGAAUUAUAAUGCUGAGGAUAUACCAAUCGGUAGAGCCAGUGGAAAUUUUGAGAGCUGUAAUCCAAACAUGUAACUUUCCAAAACCCUGAGUACUGUAUAGGAUUGUCUGCUGGUUAGUCCACUAUAAUAUCCCAGAACCAGUGCAAGAAUCACAUUGUGAAUUUUUUCCAGCCCAUUUAUCUGGCAUUGUACAAAUUUCAAUAUGCACCCUAUGUUCAACAGAGAAAUGUAAAAGGUUAUGUUUGGUGGGUUCCAUUUGCCACUAAUAGUUAUUAGAUCCUGUUCAUUCUUAAGGACCAUCAGAAAUAAGCAUGAGAAAUAUAGGUAAAAGUUGCCAUGAUUCCCAUUUUAGUGUUAUUACACGAUACUAUCUGCAAAUAUACAUUUGUACUUGCAUAUUUGCUUCCUACCCUACUUAUAGCUUAGGGUUUUGUGAUGUGAUGCUGACUCUAGCAAUCACUUGGACCCAUCCUAAGUAUUUAUUGUCUGGCACAGAAUAUCUUAGGAGUGUGCUGAGACCAGGUCAUAUCGCACUUAUUUGUGAUAAAAAAAAAAUUGCUUUAAUCAGGCAUCCCUCCUGUAGGUAACUGAAAAAAGAUACGCACACAUUAAAAGUGAGAAUGGGGCCUGCAGCUAAUUUAGUUUACAUUUACCAGUACCCACCUUCUCCAUUUGACAACUUUGAUGUGUCUUAAAUAUGCAAUAUGUCACAAUUGUACCUUGUCAUUUUUUAAAGAAAAGAGAGAACGAAUGUUUGGCUUAUCAGGAUUUUUCAAAGGAAGCUGUCAAUGAAGCUGGUAGAAUCAGUGAUCUGACUUUGAAGAAUAGCCAUAUGACUAGUCACCUUACACAUGCCUCAGUACAAGGAAAAACACACCCUUGAGCUUCUGAAGGGGAGCAGAAACAUAAUGUUAGAUACCACAUUGUACCUACACACAAGGAGGUGCGAUGGAAGCAAGCUCAUAUAAUGAGAAUAGGAAAUCUCUUGCAGUUAUGACCUUCAUUUUUUAAAUACAGCCACAAAAUUGAAUCAUGUAAAAAUGAACACCCAUGUCCCCAUCCCCUCUGCUACUAAGGUGCAGGUGCAAGGAGGUCAGGGGAGUUAAUUCAUAAUUGUAAAUGGGGUUAAUGAAUAAAGAAGCACAACUUUUAAUUGUGAUGUCGCUUUCUAGAACCUUUAGCUGUCUUUCAUGUUCCUUUUAUCCGUACCUUAACCAACUGUUGCAUUUGCAAAGCUACUUUUUGGGGCUUAUUGUGUGAUUCCUUUAUAUUUAAGCAGUUUGGGGCAGCGCCCUGAAAGAGUAUGAAGAUUUUAUUCAACCCAAGCCGUGCAAAGUUGGUGAAAAAAACAAGAUACACCUUGAGGGGUAUCUCUUCCCAUCCUUGAGGGCACUAAGCUGACCUUUUUUUUUGGAAAGGGCUUGUUUGUGAGGUUAUUAAACCUAAUAAAGAAGAAAUAAAUAAUUGCUGGUGACAAUGAUAUGAUACCUGCCAGACUUCCUUCCAUUACCCAGAGCCCUCCAGAUAUUCUUGACUACAAUCCCCAUCAUCCCUGUGCUGGUGGGAGUGAGUGUGAGUUCUGUUCUAAGGCAUCUGGAGGGCGCAAUGCGGGGAGGGAAAGCUGAAAUAAACAAUCUGCACAAAUUUGUAUGUUGUAUGCAUUGAUGCCUUUCCCAGUGAAGCUUUUAUAUAUAUUAAAAACAAAAUCAGUGUUUUUCAAACUUUUUUUUGUAACCAAAUGGUUUCUAUUUUCCCCAGAAGUGGAAUUUAAAUUUUUUUAAUGAUUACUAUAAAGAUAAUCUGCCGUUUCUCUGAGCUUUUUUUCAGGCAAAGCUUAACAAAAAGAAUAAAACAACUGCUAUGCUGUUUUCAAGAAUGUCAAUAACCCCUUUGGAUUGUUUGCCUUUGUCAUAGCCUAUCUACCCAUCUUCCUAGUAGACACAACAAUGUGGUUUUGUUUUCUUUCUCUUCUCCUUUCCCCAGAAGGCAAAUGCUUUGUCUUUGUUUCCCAAAAAGCCACUUGAAACCUCAAUAAAGGCUGUUGCUUAAACACA